AUGGCUUCACUAAAAGUGUGUUCAGUAAGCAGACUUGCAAAGUAUAUAACUGAUUCCUCUCUCACGGGUCUACGAGCUAAUAUGUUCAGGAGCACAUUUCGUGGUUAUGCAACAGAAGAGAAACCGGCAGUAGCUCCCAAAGAGGAGGGCAGUAAGCCACAGCCCCUACCGGCCACUGUUGAGGAAUGUCACAAACAGAUUGAGGCUCUCACCACCGAGUUGAACACAGCCAAACAGCAAGCCAAAGAACUUGAGGAUAAGUACAAGCGCGCGCUGGCAGACGGCGAGAACGUGCGGCGACGAAUGAUGAAGCAGGUUGAAGACGCAAAAUCAUUCGCUAUACAGAGCUUCUGCAAAGAUUUGCUUGAUGUGGCGGACACGCUGGCGGCGGCGGCGGAGAGCGUGCCGGAGGGGGGGGAGGUGGCGGAGGGCGGCGCGGCGGCGGGUGGGGGGGAGGGCGGCGCGGGCGCGGCGCUGCGCUCGCUGCACGACGGCGUGCGCCUCACGCGCGCGCAGCUCGCGCAGGUGUUCAGUCGACACGGGCUGAUCGCAGUUUCCCCACUUCGAGAGAAAUUCGACCCUAAUUUACACGAAGCUUUAUUCCAACAGGAAGUGGAAGGAGCCCAGACGGGCACGGUGGUGGCGGUGAGCAAGGUGGGCUACAAGCUGCACGAGCGCUGCGUGCGGCCCGCGCUCGUCGGCGUGGCCAAGUGA